GCAGAAGAAGAAGCAGCUGGACAGCAGUCCGAGGAGGUUAGCCUGGAAGCUAACGUCUGGUGAAAUGAAAGUUCUGGUAUAAACGGUGUUUUUUCGUGGGCGAUGGCUCUGAUCGAAGGUGUUGGAGAUGAGGUCACGCUGCUCUUCGGCUCCCUCCUGCUGCUGAUCGUGCUGCUGCUCGCCUGGAUCUCCACCCGCACCUCUGAGCCUCCAGGACACCUGUUGAGCUCCGCCCCCUUAGAGAGAAAUGCUUCCUCCCACCUGGACAGCCACUCUGUCUCCUCUUCUCCAGCUACCAGUUUUGUGAGUGACAGUUUGACAUCAGAAGCUCCGCCCACUGAUGCCUCCCCAGAUGUAGGAGCGUCUGAGGGAGGCGGGGUGAGGAGCCGAGGAGGAGGAGAGCCUUCAUCCUCUCAGAGGAACAUGGUGGUCCGACUGAAGUUCCUCAACGACACAGAGAGAACAGCUCAGGUCAAACCGCAAGACACCAUUGGCUACAUCAAACGAACCUACUUUGCGGGCCAGGAGCAGCAGGUCCGGCUCAUCUAUCAGGGUCAGCUGCUGCAGGACGACGCCCGGACCCUGGCCUCCCUGAACCUAGUCCAUAACUGUGUCCUGCACUGCCACAUCUCUCAGCACACCUCUAGGGGAGCAGCGGCCGGUGUGCGGCCCGCCGACCAGGUCCAGGUGGCGCUCAAUGUGGGUAGCUUAAUGGUGCCGCUGUUGGUUCUGAUGCUGUCCGUGCUGUGGUACUGUCAGAUCCAGUACCGGCAGUUCUUCACAGCCCCCGCCACUGCCUCGCUAGUUGGCAUCACCAUCUUCUUCAGCCUGGUGGCCUUUGGAGUCUACCGCCGCUAACUGCUCUCUGAUUGGACAGGGAGCAUUGUUUAUUUCUGUUGCCAUGGAGAUCCUGAUGUAAACAAGAACUAUUUUUUUAGUUUCUCAUCAACGUGCCUCUCGGACUGUGAGGAUCUGUGUGGACGCAGCACACCUGUCUGUCUGAUUUACACCUGUCUGUCUGCCUAAGGGGGGAAAGUUUUGUUUGAAUUUCAACUUUGGAAAAAUGAAUAA